CGAACUGACACUCAACUAAAGAACCUGUCGUUUAGAUAAUCAAGUUUCAGCUAGUUUGGUUGUAACAAAUAUUUGUGCAUUUUUUAAUUGACUUAUUCAACGUUCAAAUUAUCGUACUGCAUCUCUCAGAUUCACAGAAAAAACGCCCUAAAUAUAAAACGUACUUCAAAGCAGGUUAUGAUAAAAGAAAAUCGUUAAAACGAAUGAAUAAAAGAAAGCAUCUGACAUCGCUAAGCCGUAAAGGAUGUCCACAUUAUUGUUUUUACGAUUACAAGUACGAAAAUAGACCUGAAUUUCAAAAUGAAUUCAUUUUCAAACGUAAAUAAUAAAUAACCAAGUGUUCAUCGUACCAAGAAGCUAUUUUAUUUUUAAGGGUUGCAAAGCUGCUAUUGUGAGGGGAAAAUGUAUUAUGUAUUUUACGGAAUUGGAAUAUUUUUAACGACAUAUCAACUUAUUUCUAUUGUCGAAUGCCAAUGUCCAGAAUAUUUUCGAUACUUUCGUAAUGAAUCAAAUUUCGAAAUUAUGGGCAUCGUAGAAAUACCUUAUCCUCCGCAGGGAGUGCCUUUGCAUCUACGGGUUAUUUUAAGUGUAGCUACAGUAUUACCUACCAAAUACGUCGGUCGAAUAGAAUUGGCAAAAUCAAAAGAAGAGUCAAUAACAUCUAUUUUGCAUGGUACAUCUCUAUACUAUCGUAUAUAUUUCCCUGUUCGACAUCCGAUUCCAGUGGUUAUGAGUAUUGUUCUCAAUUCUUAUCAAUACUGUACGGGACCACCAGCAAUGGGAGCUAUCGUUACAAAUAUCAUGUUGGAGCAUGUGCUUUACCCAGCCAGAGUAGUUAUACCUCUUACCGAUCAGUUACUGAACAUCAUUUCAAAUCACACAACUCUUGCUUUGACAACUUCCUCAAGUCUCGAUACUAGUACGGAAAAGCACACAACGACAACAAAUCCAAUUGAAAGACAAACAAUAGUAGUGCCUAAUGAUUUCUCUUUAGUUCGCCCAGCUAAAUACAAACCCGCCGACUUGUCGUGCGGCUUAACAAGCGAAUCAAAUCCGUUGAAUCCAAGUGCUGAGUCAACUGAACCUAUUAUUUGGCCCUGGCUCACGGCAAUUUUCGUUCUGAGAAACGAGUUAGAUUUUCAAUGCUCGGGUAAUCUCAUUUCCAGACAGCAUGUUUUAACGACCGCACGCUGUCUAAAGGAUGGUGAGAAUGACGUUUCUCCAGACAUGAUGCAAGUAUCGCUAGGUCGCACCAAUUUAUGGAAUUGGAAAGAACCUGGAUCGAUCAAUGUCGGGGUAGCGGAGUACAAGAAACAUCCACACUUUCAAGAUACUGAAAGUUCUGAUCAUGACUUAGCCAUUGUUAAAUUAAUAAAGCCUAUCAACGUUACCCGAAGCAUACGUCCCAUAUGUCUGUGGAUGGAAAUACCUGAUCUGGAUAAUAUAAUUGGCAAACCUGCUUAUGCUAUUGGAUGGGAAAGUAGUAUCAGCAAUAAGCUUGAAUUAUUGGAACCUAAGAAAGUAAAAAUGCCCGUAGUCGCACAGAGACAAUGCCUGCAAAGCAACGAUAGAUUUAGAAAAAUUAUUUCAAGUCGAACUUUCUGUGCUGGUAAACGAGACGGAAUUGACUCUUGUCUUCUUAGUAAUGGUAGCGGAUUGGUCAUGUUUCAUGCUCGUUAUCAGCGCUAUCAUCUGAGAGGGAUGAUUUCUUUGACAUUGGCCGAUUUCCAAUUAUACUUUUGUGAAUCUGAAGAUUACGUAGUGUUUGUUGAUAUCGCUAAAUAUCUGCCGUGGAUACGACGGGAAAUUGCACUUUAAUGUUGUCAAAUUUUAUUAAAGAUAUUAUUAUAUUUAACGUUAUAUUUAAAACGACUUUCUCGUUUAUCGAAAUUUACUUGCGUAUAUUUGCACAAAUUAUAGUUGCUGUACAAGUCGAAUUUAUU